UCCCAACAUUUCUGAAUCUUACGUUUAGUAUUUUCAGCUAGCUUAGAACAUUUUCUCAAUUCAGCAGUUUCGCAGCAGUUGUAUAGGGCUAUAGUGUUAUAAUCAUUUCUCAGUCAUAACAAGUGAUCGUGAGUGAAUGGAAAAUAAAACGUUUUCAACACAAGAAUCAGAAAACGUUUUCCCCAACGAAGCAAGGCUGAUAGAAAACGAAGGAAAGGAAAGUAGAAACGAAAUGAAACGUUACAACGGUGAAUCAGGAAGCCACAGUUCAGAAGAGGAGUUAGAAGAGAUAAAUAUUAGAAAUGAGUUUGGGCUAGGCGUGACAGAGAAAAGAAAAUGGGGUGAUCUUACAGAUGCUAGCUCAGAAAGUGACCUGGAUACCCUAGAGUCUCUUAAGCAGGCAGAAUACCAAAGAUAUCUGGCUGAAUUUUCAUCAAGCACACUAUCAGAGGAUAAUGAUAAUAAUCAGGACAUUUCUGCGCCUGUACAGUUUUCUACCUCUCCUCCACUAGAUGUACAUAAACCAAGACAAUGUGACUCCCCAGUUGUGCCGAUAGCAGGAUUGGAUUUCAGCAACAGGCAUAGACUGACCGAUAACCAGCAUCAGCACCAAUUGACCAAUAAUCAGCAUCCGCUACAGUUGACUAAUAAUCAGCAAGCUAUCCAUGCUUCUAAUGGCGUUCAGCUCUCUUCAGCUCUUAGAAGAAUUACAGGGGUUAAUGAAGCUAAAGAAGAUAACCUUGUAAAAUUGGAGGAAACACUAAAUUCAACAACGGAAAGAAAAAUUAUCUCUCCCAGGAAAAAAUCUCGAAAAGUUCACCUUUUGUCCAGGCCUUGUCUGGACUUUGAAAAAAUGCAAAAGAUGCAAACUGUGACCACAUGGCAGAGUGGCGAGUUGACCCUGUUCUGCUGGUAACUCAACAGCUGAUUAGUUUUUUUUUAAAUUUUUAGUCAAGAUUUUGGUUCCCGUAAUUAUUUUAAAUAAUUUCUGCUACUCAAGGAAGAGCAUUACACUAAACUACAAUCAUUUAUGCGUAUGAAAAAAGUCUACUUUUGCGUAACUGCAUAAAAAUGUUUGUUCAAAAGUUCACUUACAUACAGGAAACCCUAGAUGUAGUAGCAUCUUUCAGCUACAACCCUUCAUUUUACUUCUAAAAUUUGAAUGUAAGGAAAAACUUUCAUAACACUGUUUGAGCUCCUUUUGUACAAUUUCUCUUUUUAUAUUAAGAGAAAAGACAAAGACAGUGUUUUUUUUUUUAAAGAAACUGAAUUAUUUUUAAGUA